AUGAAUCUCAUGGAUAUCAGUGUAGAUUUUUGGUGCGUAGGAAACAGUUCUUUGCUGCAGCCUGUGUGGGACAACCUCAGGCUCAACUACAAAGACUAUUUGAGGUCUCCACUCUUCCCCAUUGUUCUGACUGUGUCUUCCUACUUUGUCUUGUGCCUCCCUUUCCUUGUUUGUGACAUCAUGGAGGACAAGUGGGCAUGGAUCCAGCAGUUCAAGAUCCAACCCAGCCGACGGCCAACAGCAUCUACGUUGCUGCACUGUGCAGGUGUCACUUUGUACAACCAUGUGUUCCUUGUGCUCCCAGCAUCAGUGGCCCAGUGGGUAUGGAGGCCGCCUGUCGACCUCCUGGACCAGGCUCCGUUCCUGAUGGAGCUGAUAGCUGGAGUGAUUGGAAACCUCCUACUCUUUGACUUCCAGUACUUCAUCUGGCACCUGCUCCAUCACAGGAUCCGCUGGCUGUACGUCACUUUCCAUGCCAUUCAUCAUAAUUACUCAUCUCCAUUUGCUCUUGCUACUCAGUGUCUCAGCGGCUGGGAGCUGGUCACAGUUGGCUUUUGGACCACCCUGAAUCCUGUGAUCCUGCGAUGCCAUCUUCUCACCACGUGGGCCUUCAUGGUGUUGCAUGUCUACGUUUCUAUAGAGGAUCACUGUGGCUAUGAUUUCCCCUGGUCGACAUCACGUCUGAUUCCAUUUGGCAUAUACGGAGGGCCCAGCAAGCAUGAUGUUCACCAUCAGAAACCAAACACCAACUAUGCACCACACUUCAGCCACUGGGACAAAAUAUUUGGCACAUAUGCUGAUGUCAGCUUCUCUGCCUCUCUGAAAUAGAAGGCUGUUACACUUUUGGUAGAAACUAUAUAGAGAUAAAGAUCUGUGUCUUCAAUGUGUCAGUCUUUGUUUGUUUGUUUAUCCAAAUCAUCUGGA